UUUAAUACAAAUAUUGUGAAGUGCAAUGGAAACCUUUUCAUUUCAUGAUCAACUUUGAUGCUAUUCAAAUGAAAUAUUACCAAAACAUUGGAACGUCUUGUCUUAUUCUCAACAAAAUAACACUUUGAUAUGUAACAGAUAAAGUUAAAAUGGCGAGAAAAUCUUCAAAUUUGGAGUUAAUUAUUUUCAAUAUAUCCAUUGCAGCUUAUGAGCUCGGAGUAGUUCCAACCGUUGAAGAGGUAGACAAUGAAUUACAAUUUGUGGGAAUAUUGAAAGAUUUUUGGAGUUCUUAUGCUAAAUUUACCAGAACAAGAUAUACGAUCAAACUCUCUGAUGAACCCAUUUGGGGUACUUGGAAGAAAGGUGUCGGCUACACAGAUGGUAUUUUAGGUAUGCUCCAGAACAAUGAAGCUAACAAAGUACAUCUACAUGUACCGAUUGGACUCAAAGAUCCUCCCGGAGUUUUCACUCGAGUUUUGAAGGAAGAAACUUAUCACAUCUUAUCCAUCACAGCACAAACCUCAAUCGUCAAUAACGAUCUAUUGGUCAAACUAUUAAUCUUUGAGCCAACCUGUUGGCUUGUCUAUUUUGCUUUGCUUUUCACCUUCCUUUUGAUUUGCGAUCUUCUCUCUCAAGAUCAAAAGCUUCUUAAUUUAUUUUCCAGGUUUAAGUUGAUUUGCCUUCAAUUGGUUCAGAUAACUUUCAAGCAAAAUCCAACCAUCAAUGGUCGCUGUUUAUUCAUGCUUCUUGCCAGUCUAACAGUUGCGCUAUUUACUAUGUGCUCCGGGGCAGCUUUCAAUACCAAUGCAAUAACGGGAACAAUAGGUGAACAGGUUAACAAUUUAACGGACAUUGUGCGACUCAACAAAAUUCCAGUCUUCAUAGAUGGUGAAUCAAUGUAUGAAUCUUUUGAAGGAGGAAUAGGAAAGGAAUUCAAAGCAGUUUAUGAUCAAGCAAAAAAGUUUAAAUUGAAUAAACCAGUGUCUAUGCUUGACCUUAUGCGACCACUGCAGUUAACGGAACACGAAUGUUCAAAUGGUGUAAUGAUUCUGGGUAUAAGGGCAAUAAAGCUUUGCUAUGAAACAGUUGAACUGGUGUGUAGUGAGGCAACUAAAAGACGAGUACAGACUUAUGUUUCGCCUCCAUUCCAUACAACAGCUUUCUUAAGUUUAAUCAAUCCUGGUAACAAUGAAUCGAUAGGCAAAGAGUUGAUCAGACGAGAUGGAUCGUUUGCCAAUGUGAUGUUUGAAAAGGGAAUGGGACAAAUAAAUAAUAAAAUAGCUAAUUAUAAUUCUAAGACUAUGAUGAAACGAGCUACUGCUCUGUACGGUUUGAAGACUGAUUGGCCCAUCCAAGACGAUUCAUUCCAAAUUCGUCCAUUAAAUUUGUCAAAUUUUGCUCUCAUCUUUGAAUCGAUGACUUUUCUUGAGCUAGUCAUAUUACUGUGUAAUGUUUUGUACCAAAUAUUUAACUUUGCAUCUCGUAGAGUCAAGUGGACUAUGCCAGUUUCAUCAGUUUAAUUACUGUAAUCACAAUUAAUAUAUCACCAACAAUAUUUACUUUAACGUUAACUGUAAAUGUGAAAAUUGUUUCUUAAAAAACAGAAGAUGUUACUUUAUUACCAAUCUUGUCAAUAAAAAUGGA